AUGAUCACCACCGAACCACGCCCAACUCGUGUCUUCACCCGCCGGCAGAUUGAGGGCCUCAUCGCCGCCGGCGACACACUGGUCAUCGCCGACAGCCAUGUGCUCCGUCUCAAUGCCUGGCAGGACCUGCACCCGGGAGGACGUCUGGUUAUACAACACAUGGUGGGGAGAGAUGCGACGGAUGAGCUGGCUAUCUCGCACUCGCUCGAAACCCUCCAGUCGAUGAAAAGAUACCGCAUCGGUCGAAUCGAAGGCGAAUGGAUCAACUUUGUGCCGCCCAUCCAGGGAGGCGUCUUCCAGGCAUGUGCCCUCAACGAGAAGGAGGAAGGAGAGCGGCGACUCCGCUACAAGGGUCGCUUGGCCCUGACUGAGAUCUCGAAGCUCGACGUCUCACAAUGCCCCUACACCGCGAGAGAAGUCCAGGACGCGGUGGACGCCGACGUGGCGAAAUAUCCAUCUCUCGAUGCCGCCACGCAGCGCGAAAUCACCAACAAGUUCCGCAUUCUGCACCAGCGAGUCCACGAUGAAGGCUUCUACGACUGUCGCUUCGUGGAGUACGCCAAAGAGAUGGUUCGAUAUGCAUCAUUAUUUGCCCUCUUCGUCGUCUUCCUGCGCAAGGAGUGGUACUUCGUAUCCGCAUGCUUUCUCGGCCUGUUCUGGCACCAGAUCAUGUUCACUGCUCAUGACGCGGGACAUCGAGGAAUCACGCACAACUUCGUGAUUGACUCUCUCAUUGGAAUCUUCAUUGGCAAUUUCUGCUCUGGUCUCUCCAUAGGAUGGUGGAAGAGCAGUCACAAUGUGCAUCACUUCGUGACCAACGAUCCCGUACACGACCCGGACAUCCAAAACGUACCACUCUUCGUCACCUCGCCAGCCUUCUUCACUGGUAUUCGAUCGUCUUAUUACAAUGGCUUCCGCUUUAUCUGGAAUGCCGCCGCCGACUGGGCAGUGAAGUACCAAUGCUACACGUACUAUCCCAUCAUGACCGUCGCCCGCUUCAACCUCUACUUCCUUUCCUGGGCCCACCUGCUCUCCAGGCGUUCCAUCACGCGUGGCAGUGCCUCCUGGACACGAUCCGUCGAGAUCAUUAGCAUAGCCUGCUACCUCUACCUCUACUUCUACGUCCUGCUCUGGUGCAACGUGCCCACCUGGUCGAGCCGCGCCAUCUUCCUCUUUGCCAGCCAUCUUAUCACCAUGCCACUCCACGUCCAAAUCACCCUUUCGCAUUGGGGAACCAGCACCUCCGAUUUGGGUCCUGGGGAGGCUUUUGCGCAGCGCCAGCUCCGGACCACCAUGGACGUUGCUUGUCCUGCGUGGCUGGAUUUCAUCCACGGAGGCUUGCAGUUUCAAGCGGUUCAUCAUCUCUUCCCGCGAGUGCCAAGGCAUAACUUGCGUAAGCUACAAGAGCUCGUCAGAGAGUUUUGCGAGGAAACGAAGAUCGACUAUCUGAUUUUGGGCUUCAUGGACGGUAACAAGGACGUUUUGAGCAAGUUGCAGCAGGUUGCCGAUCAGGCAAAGUUGAUGGCUGCCUGUCAAGCGCAUAUGGCUUCUACAGGCGAGAGCGGCUUGCAUUGAUUUGAUUUUCUUUUUUUUUCCAAUUCUCGAUUGGACGUCUGAAGCAUAGCGAAAAAGUUUGAGAUUGCAUUCAGCGGAGGAGUUAGCAUAUGUACUUGUAAGUGUGUACAGUACUGGGAAGACGUG